AUGCCUCUCCAUCUGAAGCUCGAAGGCCCUCUGGAGGAAUCCGAAAUUGAGAAGCCCUCGAAUGAACUUCCAACCCCGCCCAAACCCACCUUCCUAGCUUCAUUAUGGGAUAAAUUCAAAGGAACCAAGAAGAGCAAGCGCCCAGAUACCUAUGCUAGAACAACUUCAUACAGCGAUGACAAGUUUUUCCUUAUUCUAAACGAUUUCCUUCAGCCAGAGACAACCAAGUCCCUGAAUGAGACUGUGCAGUCUCUGCUCGCCCUCCUUCCUGAAAACGCCCCCGGGUCCGGCGAAAUAUACUCUGCUGGCGAAAUCAUCAUCGAGAUAGCAGAGCAGAUUCCAUACUCCCACCCAUCCCAGUGGAAGCUCAUUGCCCUGGUUGAGCAGCUCUCCACAAAGGACAAAUUUCUCAGCAAGUGGCCUGAUGAGAUGGGAACAAGACAUAGAUGCUCGAUGCUUUGUGAUUCCCUGCGAGAUUCAUUGACGGGCCCCAACGAUGAAAUCCCAAAUGAAUGGCCAAACCUCAGCGCAUUCUAUGCCCGCAUCGACGCGUGCCAUCUCUUCUCUAACCAUCCUACAUUCGCCAUCUGGACGAUGCGUGAAGCCUUCGAAGAGCGGCCCGAGGAUGACCAGCAGUACUUCGCCGGCAUGAAAGAUCAAUGCGUCAUCGCAGCGGCGCAGCACAUUCUCUGGGAUGGUCAGGAGCUCUUCAAGAAGAUUACCUUUAUGAGUGACGUUGACGAGGAUGAUCUGCGGAGCUGGAAACCCGGGCGCUUGUAUGACGGGGAUUCGAGAUAUACCCUGCAGCGAUGGCAGUUCUGGAAGGCUGGCUUUCAUGCUGCGGCGGGGGAUGCAGAGCUUGGAGAUGAAGCGAGGGAUGUAGCCCGUAGAGCGGCGACGUUGAUGGAUGCGUUUGAGAGUACUAUGGCUUUUUGA